CGCUGAGCAGAGACCAGCACGCGACCUGAGGGACUCUUCUCUCCUCGCGCCACGCUGCUUUGAUCUGAUUUGAUUUUGAUUUAAAGUGGACACAUCACAGACAGGUUUUCUCCCUGAGUGCUGCCGUCACUCAUCAGGCUCCUGUUAAACAUGUCGUCAUCAUAUGCUGCUGCCAUUUCAUCCCUCAUCACAGCCAGCACUUUUAAUUCACCCAUCAAACCCAGACCUCACCCCUCCCCAGACACAUCAGGGAGUCCUGAACCUUGCCCCCAGCCCCACAAAUCGCCUCACCACCCUCCAGCUGUACAGAUACACCCUCAUUCAUCUGAGCCUCCGGUGUCGGACGAGGAGCAACAGGAGAAUCCUGCAGAUUAUGGCAUAGGUGGUUACUACCUGGUUGAGAUCGGAGAGAUUUUUGUUGGCCGUUAUCAAGUGGUCAGAAAGUUGGGAUGGGGUCACUUCUCUACUGUGUGGCUCUGCUGGGAUAUGGAGAGAAGGCAUUUUGUGGCUCUGAAGGUGGUGAAGAGUGCUCAAAUCUACACAGAGACGGCACUGGAUGAGAUCAAACUUCUGAAAUGUGUGAGGGACAGUGACCCCAAAGAUCCUAAACGAGAAAGAAUCGUGCACCUUAUCGAUGACUUCAGGAUCUCUGGAGCCAAUGGUGAGCAUGUGUGCAUGGUUCUGGAGGUUCUUGGCCACCAGCUGCUGAGGUGGAUCAUCAAAUCCAACUACACUGGGCUCCCGCUGCCCUGCGUUAAGAGCAUCCUCAGACAGGUUCUGCAGGGUUUAGAUUACUUGCACACUAAAUGCAAGAUUAUCCACACAGACAUCAAGCCAGAAAACAUCCUCCUGAGGGUGGAUGAUGUUUUCAUUCAGAAACUGGCGUCCAACACCAAGCUAUGGCAGCUGCCAGUGUCCUCUGCUAUCACAAGCUCCCCAGUAAACAGAGGCCUCAGGGAAAAGACGAGUUUGUCCAACUUUUUGGGGAAGCUGACGGGAGUUUUCCACACUCUUGGGGAGUGGUCUAACAAGGUCUCCAGGAACCCGAUGAACCGACUGACGAGGAAAGACAGGAGUCGACGCGGACAGGAUAGCAAAUCUGAUCUCAAGCACAAUGACAAACCUCAUGUGACAUUUACUGAUGUCACGCCUCCCUCCAGCACCUACAGCUCCACCUGCCAGUCUAAGCUCUCAGGUCCUAACCUCACAUUAAGGAGGCAGACCUUGCUGCUGGAGGACGGACUGGACUUGGAUCCAUUUAGCCACAGAGACUCCAUCUGCUCGUGGCCAGACCUAAAAACAGAUGCUCCUGUCUCUGGCUCCAGGUCAGCGUUGUUCCGUCAGACUGCUGACAAAGAGCCACCUCCACCUUCAUCAUCCUCCCCCUGUGGUUUCAGUGACUCUGACACUUUACCUUUGGAUCUACUGAAGCCCCAGAAUGCUGAUAAAAUCCUCAUUAAGAUUGCUGACCUGGGCAAUGCCUGCUGGGUGACKUCUCUUGCUCUGGACAGCCUCYAUGGUSGGAAGAGUGGAACCGGUGAUGCGUUGGGCAGUUUUCACCACCCUCUGCAGUCUUUUGCGGUCGGCGACAGAGCAGCUGCUAUACCAUGUUGUGAUGCAGUUGGUGAGAAUGCUCUCAAUGGACAACUUCGACACAUCUCAAAGCUGAAGUCAUGGAGCUUGUUUGAAAUCCUACUAGAUAAGUACGAGUGGCCUCAGGAGGAAGCCGUCAACUUUAGCUCUUUCCUCUUGACCAUGUUAGAGCUGCUGCCAGAAAAAAGAGCCACCGCUGCCCAGUGUCUGAAACACCCCUGGAUCACCUCCUAGACACAGCGGCCCUGCAUUGUUCAGAGCCCAGGGGAUCAGCUCUCUGUUCAGCAGCAGACUCAUAAGUUGGAUGUGACAAAGGACUCCAGGCAGCUGUGGGAAUAAUCAGGUGCUGGCAUCAUGCGCACAGCUUUCAUAAAUAUGUAGUAGCUUCACUAACAGCCUUUUCCCAGUUUAGUUGCUUGGGCUUUUAGACAUUGUUCAUAAAAAAAUGUAACGUGUCAUUUGAAUGUGUUAUUCCUGGAAAAGAGCCUUCGAACAUGUUUCAAUAAACUGACAUAA